AUGCCGGCCAUGGAGCGGGAGAGCUCGCGGGAGCCCGACCCUGUCGCUCGUCACCAGCAUUCCUUUUCCUUUUCCGAUAGUAGCGGCCGGGCGAGUGUGCCGAUGUGGGACAGCUCUGACCCGGAACGCGCACCUCCCCCAUUACCACUCAAUCCAACGACUGGAACUCCGACUACCAAGGCGAACACAUCCGCUGGUAUUGCCGCGGCUGCCAAGCAGAUAGUUGAGAAGGCGCGUGAGAGCGCACCGAUAUCUUCAUACACCUCAAAUGGCGCGAGAGAGUCGCAGGGAUCUCCAGAGAAGUCGUUGGUCAAGGGCGCACAUCACAGGCGCAUGCAGUCGCUACAACCAGGCCAUGUCAAGGAUCUGCGAAGCUAUCUGGACAACAACCGAUCGCCUGACCGAUCUCCGGAGAGGCCUACCUCGCGCGGGUCUUUCAUGCCAUACAGUCGCGUGAGUAGCACGGAAGACUUUUCGCCAACUCCAGAACGUUCUUCGACUCCUACCCCAGCCGAACGCGAGCCAGCAAAGGAGACGCCCACCCUUCGACCGUCUACCAGACAGCCACCUCGAUCGAUUCUGGGCGAGAACACUCCACCUUCGGCGACUAUGCUUGCUCUUCAGACCAUGCAAGUACCAGAUCCACCAUUAAACGAUGUGACGAACGGCCCAAGCACACCAAAUGGAUCAAGAGUCUACACGAAUCUGGACUUCUCGAGUCAGCUUCUCAACCUCACCACCAUCGCAACCAACUUGCAGAAAGAGAUGGCGCAAUUGAGCAGGCGAAGCAAGGACAAUGCUACGGAUCUGAUCAGUUUGAAGGAUGCGACCAACCAGCGCGAUGAGGAUAUUCGCAAGAGCCUUCGAGACCUUUCAACAAAUGUCAACCUGACCCAAGGAUUACUGCCGCCUCCACCUCCAAUUUCUGGCGGCACCAGAAGCACAAGCGGUUUCAGUGCACCGCAGUUUCUAGACAGCAAGGCAUUCAGUUCUCCGCCAUCUGCGUCGAAGACCUACAACCUUCCAAGAGCGGCCAGCGCGCAUAGCUUCCUUGAUGGAGAUCGAUGCGGGUCUCCUUCGCCGUACUCUGUGGAAGGAGCUGCUAGCGUCGCAAUGCUUGAGAAGAUCAUUCGCGAGAUGGUCACCAAAGAUGGCCAAGAGCGUCUUCUAUCGACACUCUCAGAAUUACUGGACAAGAGUCGGAAGGAGAAUGUCGAGGCGGCGAAGAAGGUGGAGCAAUUGUCUGAAUUCAUACGGGAGAAGUCAGAGUCUCAGGCUCUGGUCCACGUCCGUAAUGCAGACGGUGGAGCGCCGAGACUGGACAUGAACUUUGGCUCACCGCGAGAGUUCUCAAAGUCGGUCGACAAAUCCAAGGGCGCCGAUGGGCCUGGACAUGAGGAACUGAUGAAGCUCUUGAACCGGAUCAAGGACUCCGUCGCACAUUCAGGCGGCACCAGCUCUGAGGUCAAGGGACUCGUCCGUGAUCUUCGAGGCGAAGUACUCGGUAUGGGUAGAGAGCUGGGCAAGAAGCUGGACCAAAUCGGCGAGACAUCAUUGAGCAACACCCUCGAUCGGUCGAUCAGCGAUAGCAAAGACUCCGAGCAUCUUGAAGAAGUCCAGCGCGUGGUCGAGGAAGGCAUUGCCGAGCUCAAGCAACAUUUGUCAGGUGUGCUCAAGGAGCGCGCAGAACAGGACGACGACACCUUCAGACAACUCGCCACUACACGCUCUGGUCCAAAUGGAGACGAGAUGCUAUCCAUGGUGAAGCAUGCUUUGGCUGAGCACAGCAGCGUCACCGAGAAGCGUGAGCCUGACGUAGAGAGCAUCCCAAACCCCGGCCUCGACAGAGAUGGCGUGCUCGACGCUGUGAAGGAAGGCCUGAAAGACUUCGAGCCCAACAUCGAACUUCAGCAAUUUGGUCUGGAACGUGACGAAAUCCUCGCAGUGCUCAAAGAAGGACUGGAAGACUAUCAAAACAGCCGCACCGAGCCAGCGCCUGCUGGCAUCGACAAGGGUGAACUGUUUGAGGUCAUGCAAGAGGCUCUGAGAGACUUCAAGGCUCCAUUCCCAGCCGAGCAACUUGAGCAAGUAAAGGAGGAGCUGAUUAGCAAUGUGCGAGAAGCUCUGUCCGAGUUUACGCCUCCUCCAGCGGCAUCUGCGAUGGACAGCGAGGCGAUGCAUGCUGCUGUGUUCGAAGCAGUCAAGGAUGGACUGGUUAAUCAUGGUCCAGCCGGACCCCGAGAGAUCGAGAUCAGCCGAGACGACCUUUUUGACGCUGUCAAGUCAUCUCUCGACGGGUCGACGAUACCAUUUGGUGGCUUUGGCGAGCAGGUCUUGAGCCAACUGCGCGAGCUCGUCGAUGGAAUGCGUCUUGAGUUCAAGCAAUAUUCUGCUGCCAAUGGUCGCGACACCGAGCAGGUCUUGGAUGCCGUAAAGGAUGGACUGGAGUCUCUUCGAACGGAGAUUGAGAGAUACGUCGACCGCGCACAGGAUGUCACCGGAAAGGACGAGAUUGUCGACACAGUCAAGACAGGCCUUGAGCAGCUUAGCCAAGACGUCCAAGGCUACGUUGCCCAUGGCACUGGACAAGAUGCUGGCAGAGCUGAGAUGUUGGAGUACAUCAAGGCUGAGUUCGAGCACCUCCACGAUGCUGUCGCCCAUAAUGGGACGUCUCGUGAGGUUGAAGAGUCUAAUGCUGGCCAGACCACAGCCGUCAUCAUCGCUCUCAAGGAGGGCAUGGACGACGUGAAAGCUCAUCUUGAAAACCGACACGACGACACGCAGUCCAACGAGGAUAUCAACGAGGCCAUGAAGGAGGAGUUUGAACAGCUUAAGGGUUCAUUGCUCAACGCCUACGCAGCGGACAAGAGCGAGCUCAUCGAAACCAUCCAGGACAGCAUGGGCGCGCUGCACUCCAAGCUCAACGGUACUGGACUCAGCAAUAUGUCUGGCGGGUCCUCUGAAGAAGUUGUACACGCGCUGCGAGAAGAGAUGAGCACACUCAAAGAAUCCAUACACGCCAUGGUCAUGGAUGCCGAGAAGGAUGCGGUCAUCUCUGGCGUGCAGCAAGCACUCGACGAGCUGCGCACGCAGCUCUCUGCAGACCACGACGAUGCUUCAGCUGAAGCACUUGGCGCUAUCAAAGAGGGACUCGAGUCGUUCAGGGAGUCCUUCAACAGUUCGCUGGUGGUUGGUGGCGGUAGUUCGGGCGAACAGCUUGAGACGCUUCAAGAGAUUCGCACUACACUUCUUGAGGUGAAGGAGUCCGCAACAAAGACCGUCAGCGGCGGUAUGACCGAUGAGCAGCUCGAAGCAUUCAGAGGCGAGUUUGAGAACUUGCGAACUUCGAUCGGCAAUAGUGUCGUACACGGCGGCUCGAAUGAAGAGGUUCUGGAUGCCGUUCGCCUAGGCCUUGACGACCUUCGCUCGCACCUGGAGAGGAAGCUGGACAACCCAGAGCAUGUCAUGUCGCAUCAAAGCCAGGUGCUUGAUGCACUGAACGACGGCCUGGACAGCCUCCGCACUGAUAUCGUGAAGACUUUGGACAAGCCUCUCGACAUGACUGUCAACUACGAAAUCCUCGACACUCUGAAGGAUGGUCUGGCCGGCUUGCGUGGCGAGAUGGACAAACUCACCUCAGGCACCGGCAGGCCAGCCACUUCACGAGGCGGCGAGAUUGUGCUCGCUGACGGUGCUGAGGUUGGUACCUCUCGCGAACUUGGGCUCGACGGAGAGGUUCCAGCAGGCGCAGAGAGCAUCAAGCAUGCCAGCCUCGAGAAGGUCGAGGUCCUUCUAGCGCAGCUUCAAAUCAAAAUCGAAGCCUUGGACCAAACUGUCCAGGACAUUCCUGGUCAACACCAUGCUGCAGCGGCGCCUGAGGGCAUGGCGAUGAAGGACGAUCUUGCUGCUCUCGAAGUCAUGAUCAAAGACGUGCAAGACAAUGUCAUCACUCUUGCGGCGAGAGAGGAGCAUGCAGCUCCAGAAAGCGCCGCUCGCAAGGAAGACACUGAUGCCAUUGAGACGCUGCUUCGAAACACCAAAUCCCAGCUGGAAGAGAUGGCCACACCAGACUUUUCCACGAUGGCGUCCAAAGAUCACAUCGAUGAGGUACACGCUGCGGUUCGCACUGCCCACGAGACCAUCGAAAGCCUUGCGGAGAGACUUGACAAUACCACCGCAUGCAAAGCCGAUGUUGCGGUCGUUGAGGUCCUCGCCGAAGAUAUCAAGUCGUUGAUGGAAGAGGUCAAAGAAAAGGUCAACGCGGCACCGUCCGAAUCAGAGAACAAGCCAGAGCUCGUCACCAAAGCCGAUCUUGAUGUGCUCGGUGUGAUGUGUGUCGAAAUCAAGGAGCGUGUCAAGGAGAUGAUACUUCCCGAUCCAGACGACAUGCCUUCAAAAGCUGAGCUGGAGCAACUCCAAGGCCUCAUCAACGACUUCCGUGAGAGCCAUGACAAGAUGAAGGACAGUUACGAGACUGAUAUCGCUGUUACCGCCAAGGCUUUCGAUGACCGUAAGCAGGAGCACGAAGACACCAUCGCUCAGCUGAGUGAGGUCAAGGUCCUUAUCGAUGAAGUCAAGGCCGAGCUUCUGGACAAGUUCAGCGACGGCGAGAUCGGUGUCAACACCCUCGGCGAGACGCUGAAGGGUAUUGAGGAGCGUACCAGCAAUGACAAUGUCAUCGCUGAGGUCAAAGAGAUCAUGGACAAGGUCAAGGAAGAGUUUGAGCGUGCCCAUGAAUCUCUUGGCGCGAUCAAGGUCGAUCAUGCUCAAGCAGCUGAGGCAUCUCUUGAGAAGCAGUCUGAGCACAAGGAUGCCGUACUCACCGCACUUGGGGACAAACUCGACACUCUGUUUGACGGGUUGACAACCAAGUAUGAUGAAGCACAGCAAGCUGCUGAAGAGAAAGCCAAGAUGUUUGAAGAGAAGACCGCCCAGCAGGAAGAGAUGCUGAGCACCAUGAAGUCUCUGGCAGACGAGCUGAAGCUUUCCAUCGACACUCUCGGCACAACAUUGACCACCUUCAUGGGUGAUCUCCCUGCUCAGGUCGAGAAGAUGACUGAGGAUCACAAGACUGUCUUCAGCCAGGUCGCCGAUACACACAUCAAGCUUGAAGAGGCCACCGAAGGCCUCAAAGGCGAGCAUGUUGCCACUCGCGAUGAGGUUGCAAAGGUUCUUGCCGCUGUUGACGUGGUGCAGGGCGAAAUGUCAGAGCAUCAUCCACGCUUCAUGGUCACUCUCGAGGAAGUUCGCGCGCUCAUCAGUUCUCAUUACGAGCAUUCUCAGAAGCAUUCUGAGGCGGCCGCCGACCAUGCUCAAGCUGUGAGAGAUCUUCAAGACGCGCUCAAGGCCGGGUUCGAAGACUCCAAAGCCCAGGCAGAGGCACAGCGAGAGGGCUUUAAGUCGGAUCAUGAGGAGCUCAAGACUGCCCUGCCUGCUCUGCUGCCAGCUUCUGUCGAGACUGCGGUCCCAGAGAAGUAUGAUGAUGCUGCUGUCCACGAGAAGCUCGACAAACUCAUGGGUCAUGUCGAAGAGGCAUCAAGUCGGUCUACUCAACUUGAGCGUCUGGACCAGAUUCAUGAGAAGGUCAUGUCCACCGCUGCGGAAGUGUCUGCCUUCGUGGCUGCACAGAACAAGCAGAUUGCCAACGACCAUGAGAGCAAAGAGAAGGAAGCUGAGGAGAUCGCAUUACUUCUGGAGCGUCGUCUGGAGCGCAAGGACCAGCUUGAAGCCGACAUCACGGUACUCAACGAGGAGAAGGAGUCCUUGGCGAAUGCAGUCGAGGCACUCAAAGCCGAGAAGGAGGCGUUGGCGGCCCAGAAGGCUCGUCUCAAUAUCGAUGUCUCUUCGCUAGAGACUGCUCUCCAUAUCCGACGAGACGAGCUCCAUGACAUGGACAACAAGGCGGCUGCCAUCGAGCGACGCAUGCUUGAAGGUGUUAUGAACCAGUCACGCAUGCUCCUCCUUACAAAGACGACGAAGCCUCCCUCGCCGCAGAAGAAGAAGCCUCAAGGUCGGGAUCUUCGUGUCCCAAGCAACGCUUCUGCAGUUUCAGCCCAGACUGUCACUUCAUCAGUGCCCGCACUCAAGGCAAACCACAAUCUCGCCAUGAAGUCUCGUGGCUUGCACAGUGGCUCCCUGGCGAAUACGGCUGAGCGUCGUAUCAUGUCACUGAACCAAAUCAACCAUAACGUGCCCACUGGUGCGCAUGGCUUCGUCGCUACUAAGCCCAGCCUGGCAAACAGAGGCCUGAACAACAUGAAGCGCAGCCACUCGGUCAAGACUCACUUCAACCCGCGGAAGCCUUCGUGGAGCGUCAAGCGGAAUGUCAGCCUGUCGUCUCACAACAAGGAGAACGAGACCUUGUCUGAGGAAGACGAGGAGGACCUCUCCCGACCAGGAUCCUCUCGCGGCGGAGAUGUCGAGACUCCCAGUGACGUUGGCACUGAGCGUCGCACCAGCUACCUCUCUGGAACCGACGGCAGCAUGACCUACGCCACCGGCAGCUACCUCGACGGCGAAGACGACCACGACCGCGAGCCAGGCCACUACGCCACCAGCGACAUGACGUACGACACCGGCAGCUACCUGACAGGCAGCUACAUGACCGGCAGCGAACUCGAUCGACGAACCAGCUUAGGCAGCUCCGCCAACGGCGUCGUGGGCGUGCAAUCCGCCAUCAACGAAGAAGAGCCCGACGCAGAGAUCGGCGCCGAGCGAGGCGAAGACGAGCAUGAAGAAGCCGUCGAGCACGAAGUCGAAGCACCCAAGCAACUCGAAGCGCCGCCGUCUCCAGAGGCCGAGAAGAAGGGUAUCGCGAGACACUUCGCGCCGCCGAGUGAUAGUGGGCUUGGGACGGAUUUGCCGACGGGGAUGAUGUCCGGUUCUGAGGGGUACUUCAAGUGA